UUCCUACUGACAGAACGACGAGUAAAAAUCUCAUUAAUCAUCUAAAUCUGCACGGAUAUAGGUCCUUUUAACCUGAUUAGCAUAAACAUAUUUCAGUAAAAUAAUUCUAAUUAGGGGAAGUGCCACUGCUUUCAUCAGCCUGUUCUAAACUGUAGGAUCACAGUGGAGACCAGAGUCUGCACAGUGUAACACACCAUCAAAGGAUUCAUGAACUGCACAAAAGCCUUUGGAGAACAGUCUUCACAUGCACAGGUUCACUCUGCUGUGUGGGUUGUUGUGUGACCCCCCGGGUCAGAGCCGGUGCACAGAGCUGCAGCCUCGUCUGUCACUCACCUCCUGAAAUAGAAACCUGCAGCCCGACACCGCCCCGCUCUCUCUGUUUAUCUCUCGCUCUCCCUGCAGCCUGUCAGCAACACUCCCACAGGUGCUGUGGGUCGCCCCACACUGAGCUGGUGUUCACAUCAAACUCACCCGCUGCUCCAAAACUUUCUCUCAGCCACAUUUCUGAGUCUGAAAACUUUGAAAAUUUCAUUUAUUUGGAUUUAAACUGAGAGCCUGAACACUCCUCCUGGACCAGGAACACACCCUUCGGCUUUAACCCGAGCCAGGACCAGGACCAGAACCAGGACUAGGCUCUCCCGGAGAAGUCCGAACUAAGUUUGACCUUGAAUGUUUGACAGCAGGACAUGAUCCUGAUUCUGGUCCCGGUCCUGUCGGUAGUUUAACGCUAAGCUGAUUUCAGAGACACAAUCAUGAGCGGCCACGAGGACACAGCAAAAAGAGAAAGAGGGCGGGGCAUCUUCCUCAGCGCUCACCGCUGCCCUGAAGUCGACGUGCUGCCUCAUCAAACUGCUGAGGCACAAAUCCUUCCACGCUGUUCUCCAGUUCCUGCAGACAAGAGCUCUGAGUUCACCUGCACAGGUGAGAGCGAGCCAGAUUACCUGGACUUCUGCUCCACCCAUCGCUCCGAGGUAGAUGAGGAAGAGGAAGACGAAGGGAGUGUCAGCGACUGGUCGGAGGAAGAUCUUUCACUCCACUUCUCUCCCUCUGUCCUCAUCCAAUCAGACGAUGAAACGUCUGAUCCAGAGAGUGGCUUUGAGUGUGUUGACAUCACCAUAGAGACACAGGUGAAAGGUCAGGAUGCGGAGGGGCUAAAGAUGGUGCCUAAACGGCAGAUUCACCUGAAGAAGAAGAAGAAGGACGGCGAGGAUGGCGCUGAACAGGUGAUACUGAAGGAUGUUCCUGCUGAGGGCAGAGGAAUUAACAAUAAUACGUCAGCUAAUGAGCUGCUGUGUCCCACUACUCGAUCACGGCCUGAACUGUUACUACGGCAACACAGUAUGCCCACCUCCUUUCACGCCACCUCAAAUACUAGCAGUGAUGCUGAGAGCUACGGGGUCUACAAGGGCCUGAUUGCAGGGGCUGGCCAAGGGCUCCUGAUUGGAGGAAACUCUCAGCGUCUUCAGAAGUCGUUCUCUCUGGAUGAAACCAAAACAAAGAUGGCAUCCUGCCUCAUUAAGAACGUGCUGUCGAAAAAGAUGCAGGUGGAACAGAAAAACCUGAAGAAGAACGCGGAGGUAUCACCUGUCCUGCCUCUGGGUCAUCAGACAGGAGGAGGCGGGGUCAGAGCUCCGGUUCACGUGGUGAGAGACGUGAGGAGUUUAGUUAAACACUCAUACGGCCACUCAUUCACCACAUCAGCCGCGUCACAGGACAACAAGUCAACAAGCUGCAAAGCAGUUGGCCAAGAGGAUAGCCCUACGCCUACUUACCAGCAGGCUGUGGGGGUCAAAGGUCACUUCUCCAAGGUUGCUGUGUCUUUCAGCCAAUCACAAGACAAGAAGCAAAGUAAAUCAUCCAGACAGCCGAUGGCACAGCAGAGACGAGGAAGUGAGCCAAUUAUCAGCCAAGGUUUAGACCACUUAGACCCACCCACUUUGAAGCCCAACCCAUCAGCGAGAGUUGUGACUCCACCUUCCCACCAGGGCACCUGGCCACUGCUCGGUGCUCAGGAACAGAGCUCCAUCCUGGGUGUGUCCUCUCCGUCUGCCCCUGGCUCCUCCCAGCACCUCCUGCAGAUCCCCUUCCCCAGCAGCCUGCACCCUCACCUGGGGAAGGCUGGCUAUGUCCACACCCCUUUGAGCUACAUCCAGACCCAGCAGUCCACACCUGGUGCAAGCAUCCACCUGCCCUUUAGGUCCGAGGAGUUCCCGAACCGGCAAACUGGAAACUUUUCUGAACAAGUGGACCCGACCAAAACACAACGAGAGCGAGAGGGUCAGAGCGGGACAGCAACGCUUCCGAGCCAGAACCAACAAGAGCUUCAGCAGCAGCGCCUGCAUCCACAGCCGAUUCUGUGCAGCGUUCCCAGUCUCUUACCUGCACAGGUAUCUGUGGACUACCUUGUCGAUGUGUUGGGCUCUGCUGCAGCACCUGGACCCUUCUUCAGAGUUCCCGCCCCCUGUCAACUGAUGUUAGACCCUAAAAGUGGGCGGUUCUUCUAUGCUGACACGUCCCUGCAGCAUCAGAGGAAAAUGCUCCUGGAUCCAGAAACCGGACAAUUCUUCCAGGUGUUCUUACCUCCAGCUGGCUCAGCCUCCAAUGCUGCCAUGUUCCCAGUGACCUGUGCUAACCCCGCCCCCACUGUGAUCCAGGUGGGCGCCACUAACCCCAUGUUGCUCUCGGUGAUGCCAUUCCAGCGAGCAGUGGGCGUGUCCUCAUUUUGUGGCCUUCCUGUCACUGUGAUGGCGUCAAACCAACAGCGCAGCGAUGACAUCACGCACACUUUGCCUGGUCGUCACUGAUCAUCGAUCACUGCUUUGAUAUUGAUUAUUAUUGAUAUAUUAUUGUUUGCACUCUGUGACAUCACAUGUUUGAGUUUUGUACUUUUCAUCACAAACACGCGAUCAGCAAAAACAUUUAUUGAUUAUUGAUCAAAACAUUGGAAAAAGAAAAAAACAUUAAAUUCACUCAAAGAAAACAAAACACACCAAUACUGGAGACAAACUGGGACUUGUACUGGGAACCAGUCAGUCCGACUGCUUAUGUUAAAAACACAAACUUAAUAUCGAUUAAUUCAUACUGAUUAAUACUGACCUGUAUUGAUUUAAUAUUGAUCAACACGUUUUUAAAGCAUAUGUGAUUUUCUCACUGCACUCUCUCAGAUUGUUUUUAUGCAAUGGCACAAUUUUUUAUGGGACAGCCAAUGCUGAAGCUCACCUGAAGCUCACCUGUGAUGUUCUGAAUCAGAUUUUAACCCAGCCCUCCAUCUUUGACCCUCUAAACACGAGUGACACCACGAGUGAAAGUGUACACUAAAGAUAUGGAGUCAUGAUUAAAGUCAUGUAACUAAAGAUACUGCAAUCGGAAACCUGUUGAAGUCACGUGACCUCCUCAGGUGGACUUUAUUUUGAACAUAUGUGUAUCUAAUUAACUUUUUUUGUGAUCUGAUGUAUCUGAAAAGCGUUGCAGUCGGCCAUCAAUAUUGUUGCCAUGGUAAAAAAGGUGAAGUGCAGCUUAAACUGUAAUAAACUGUAAUAAAAUCAAC